AUGAGUAGCGAAUUUACAUUUAUAGACUCCGUAUUAGUCGCUAUCAUUGCAAUUGUGUCUUUGUAUGUUAGAUUAUGGACAAUUGAAAGGCCUUCAGAUGUUAUUUUCGAUGAAGUUCAUUUUGGAAAUUUUUCAAAGUGGUAUAAUACAAAAUAUUUUCAUUUCGACAUUCACCCUCCUUUAGCAAAACUUAUUAUGGCAUACAUUGCAAAAUCUGCACAAUACAAAGGAGAUAUUCAAAGAUUUUACAAGCUAGGUAUACCAUAUGAGAAAAAUGAAACGCAUUACAUUACACAGAGAUACAUACCAGCCAUAUUUUCCGCUGGAGUUGCCCCAUUAAUCUAUUGUUCUCUUAGAAAUUUUGCAGUUUCUCCUAUUUGUGCUUUAUUAGGAUCAAUAAUGUUAGCACUAGAUUCAUCAAUGAUAGUAGAGUCCAAAUUUAUACUUACAGACGGUAUUUUACACUUUUUCACGGCUCUUCAUAUUUUUGCUUUUUCUUUAUUCCUUCGGACUGAAGACAAUUUUCAUGUACUACUAGCAGGUAUCACACUUGGCUGCGCGUCAUCCUGCAAAUUUACAGCGCUUGGCUUAUUUGCUUUAGAUGGAAUUUCUCAAAUCUUUUGGAUUCUCAUUAAGCGACCAGACAUAGUAGCAAUCAUAAGUAGAGCCACUCUGCUUCUCGCUCCUGCCGCUUUCGUCUUUUUCUUCUCAUUUGUCCUUCAUUUUGCAUUAUGUCCUUUUGCAGGCAAAAACGCGCAUUAUUUGGAAGGUCCAGAUAAGAAUACAGUGUUUGACUUCAACAAAGUUAAUACUUCUUAUUGGGGAAACAGAUUAAUUAACUCUCCUUUACUUUUAAGGACAUAUCGAUGGAUAAAGGUCAUGCAUAGGAUCAAUUUCAGAUCAAACAUACCUCAUCCUUGGCAAUCGUAUCCAGAAUAUUGGCCAUUUAUGACAGAUAAACAAAUUUUAUUUUAUUCAAAGGAAAGUCAUCGAAGAAUCACAUGUACAGGACUUCCUGCUUCUUACUGGCCAUCUACAGCUGGAGUUAUUCUAGUUCCUUUCUUGUUUUUGAUAAGAUUUGCUGAUUGGAGAGAUUUAUUAUUCACUUUUGGAUGGGCUGUAUCGUAUUUCCCAUUUAUUAUGGUACCUAGAACAAUGUUCAACUACCAUUAUUUGAUUCCUCUUGAAUUUGCAUGCGCAAAUUUCGGAAUAUUGAUUGAAAACGUUUUUUCACGGAGAAAUUCAAUGAGAGGAUUCGCAGCUACCUUCUUUAUAAUCACAGUAAUACUCUGUUAUUGGUUCUUUUGUCCAAUUGUUUACGGAACUUUUGCAAAAGAUGCUAUCAACGCAAGGAGAUGGCUUCAUCAAUGGAAUGAUGGCUUUAAACCAGCGUUGAAGUACUUUAAUCGCGUUAUGUACAAAACUGCAUUGAUGAGGACUCAACUUCCAAAAUAUUAG